CACUUAACCAACUGAGCCACCCAGCUUCCACGAAAAGGAAAAAGAUAUGAUGUGGGUGGGAGGAAAUCACUCUGACAAUGAUGUGAAGGUUGAAGAGACCCGCUGAAGUCUCAAGUUAGGACACUGUCCAUAUAAGUGGGUGGGGCUAGGUUGGGAAAAAAAAUUGUGCUAUACAAUUGACAAGCAGCUUUGAUUUUUACAACAUCCCCUUAAGGCAGGAGUUUCCCGGUUUUACAGACUCAGCGAGGCUCAGUGUCUUGGCCUACGUCACACAGCAUGCUGCUAGUGUAGCUCCGGGUAUCAGUCUUUUCGGGGACGCAGGCCGCCGCACAAGAUGGGGAUCCGACUGUGUCAGGUGGCAGCGGGAAAUCGCCGUUUCCGUUCAGUGAUAGCGGGAAAACCUGGUCAACCACGGCUAAGAAGGGCUGGUGACGGCAGAGGAUCUGGCCUGGGAAGGACGGCUGGGAGAAGGAAUUUGGGUCUCGGCGGCCGCCGUAGGAGCGGCGCUCGGAUCCCCAUGGCAACGGCAAGAAGCAGCGGGAGCUUCUGGGCGGUGCUGCCGCCUCGGCGGAUUGGACGAGCGCGCGGAAUCCGUGAACUGCCCGCGGCCCUAGGGUGCAGUUCCUGGACUGACUGGCGCUGUCCUGCCCGAUGGACCCACCUCUGGAGUCCCUCCUGGUAUUUUGCAUCCCUGCAGCCACUCCCACCUCCUCGUCACCCCUUCCUCCUGUGCUUGUCCAGGCCUCCUCUAGCUCGUGGAAUCCAACCCCGGCUCCCGUCAGCAGUCCUUCCCUCCUGCUUCCCAUCCCUGCCAUCGUCUUCAUCGCCGUGAGCAUCUAUUUGCUGCUGCUCGGUGUAGUGCUGCUGGCGAGGCACUGCCUGCUGGCCCAGGGCUGCUGCACGGACUGCAGCUCCCCCUGCAGGAAGCAAGGCGCUUCCAGGCCCCAGGACUGUUGCUGGACCUGUGCAGAAGCCUGCGACUUCCCUCUGCCCAGCCCCGCCCGCUGCCUGGAUGCCUGCUGCCCCCAGCCCACCGAAGCUGGUUGGGCCCCUCGCUGCCCUCGCUGCUGCCCACUCUGCGACUGUGCCUGUGCGUGCCAACUGCCUGACUGCCAGAGCCUCAACUGUCUCUGCUUUGAGAUCAAGCUCCGAUGAGGACCCGGAAUCCUUGCCCUUCGGGGAGCGGCCAACCUCCUGGGCCUACAUGUUCCCUUCCCUGAGGGGCCACUGGACACCUUUCUCUAGGCCACUGGAACCACAAAUGGCCUGCCCAGCUCAUCAGCCCAGGAACCAGCCGCGGAGAGCCGGGCUCCCUGCAGAGCAGGACUCAGUGAGGCCUUGGCCUGCUGGACAGCAACCCGUUACCAGGGAGAGGGGCUAGUGGUCUGGCAAGUGCCCCUGCCCACCUCUCCUCCUCCCCAUCUACACUGUUAUAAUCAAAGGCGAGGGUAGGAGACUGCUCACCACAAACCACAUUAUGGGACAAACUUAGCCUUGAGUAUCAGGAUAUAGGGGCACCACAGCCACACCUUGUCCGUGGACUCCUGGUUAUUUUGAGGUGAGUGUAGUGCCCACAUCUGCUCUCCCGCCAAAAGAUUGGUCUCCUGAGAAUCACAGCAGCCACCAUCAGGGCCCAGAGGGGGGUGGGUUUGAGAAGGAGGCAUAGAGAGCCACAGAUCUGAGUCUCCUUUCCUCUCCUUCCCU